AUGAACAGUUCAGAAAAACUUGCAGAAAUAUGCGAGCAACUAGAUACAACAGCUCUCGAAUAUCUCGAUCUCAUUUCCAGUUACGAAGAGCAAUGGAAACGAAUUAGUAAAGAAUUAGAAAAAGGAUUUCUAUCACUAGCUCACGCAAAAUAUGCUAUGGGGCCGAGUUCAUUAACUCAACAUCAAUAUGAUGGACGAAUGAAAGCAGAUACCAGAAUUUUAAUAUCUGAAGAUCAAGAAGCCAAUAAUGAAUUAGGACAAAAUAAUAGUCGUCAAAUUAUCUUGAUCAAUGUUAGUGAUCCAGAAUUAGAUGUGUUAUCCACUGAUGAUAUUGUUGAUAAACCGUUAGAAACUGGCGGGUUGAGACAACGCAAUGUCAGAAUUUCUGAAAAAGAAAAUGAAAAACUUAACUUCACAAAAAAAGGUUUCAUCAAAAAUCCACUCAACUGGUUUGGAGUUUUGGUUCCAUCUUCAUUAAGAGAAUCACAAAAUAGUUUCAAACAAGCAACAACACCUAGGCAAGAACAAGCAUAUCCUAAUGCGUUAGAUUUAGAUUUUGAAAAACGAUAUCAAGAGUUUGUAGCGUCAUCUGUGAUGGAUGCAAUUGAAGAACAAGAUGAUGAGGAAACAGAUUACAAAGACGAUUCUUCGGAAGGAGACCGCUAG